ACACAACAUACAAAAGUCGUUUCAGCGUUUCAGUUUUACACAUUAAACACAUCGCAAUUUCCUCGAUAAAUAUACUGAUAAUAACUUACGCAGUUUAGAGAAAAACUUUUUAAAACUUAAACCAAGUGUCAUUUUAUUAUUUAUUAUUUAAAUUUAUUUAAUUUAGUGUGCAAUAUAACUACUAGAUUUAUUUAAAUCUAUGUGGAUCAUAUUACUCAUCGUGUGUGGUAACUUUAAUUUUUUUUAGACAAAGAAAAUUUUGUACAAGUGAAAAUUUAAAUAUAUCACAGCUAACAAAGGGGUUAAGCUCAAUAUAUAUAAAUUAUUUAAAUAAUAAAAAAAAUAGUUAGUACCUCGUGGCAGCAGGUAUAUAACGAAAGUAAUCAAGAGAAAGAGAGAGAAAGAAAUAAAAAAAAAGAGAGAGGGAUUUAUUUGAGUUGCCUGUAGUCUGUAUUGAGCGAGGGUGUUCUCUAUUCAUCUUGCCUCACAAACAACGCAGUUAGCGGUGACGAGAUACGAGAAUUGGGAAAAUAAAGUUUGUUAAGCGACAGAAAUAGUCGUAGGGGUUAAUGUGCGUCUUUCGAAAAUAACAUGCCAAGUGACAAUAACGUGAUAUUGUAGUAUUUUUUUUAAAUAUAUAUAUAUAUAUAUGUAUAUAUAGAAUUAUUUUGUUAUUUAUAAAUAUAUAAUCCGAAAAAUAUGGAAAAAUUAUCGAAGACAGUUGGAUGGUAUUUUCGGAGGAUGAAAGGGACAGCUGAACAUCUGGUCGAUAAUAAAUCAUCUGUUCAUCCUCAUCAUCAUGAGCAACAAACAACAAAAAAAUUACCUCCUGGUGAUUUAGAAACAUCGGAAAAAUUUUUUAGCAUAAUAGAGAGUAUACUAUUGUGGGAAAAUUCAUUCAACAGCAUUUCUGUUGUCCUUGUCUUUAACAUUUUAUUUUGGGGUAUUGUGGUAUUGGAGAUUCGUGGGUUUGCGGCAGCCAGCAGUGCUGCAUUGGUCCUCGUUCUCUGCUAUAGUACUCUAGAAGCACAAGUAGAGAAAGGACAGGAUAACAAAUCAUUAUCUGACUCCACUAUAUCGUCGACGCCACACGCAGAAUGUAUUGGUAAAAUAAUUAGCAAAGCUAAAGUGGGCUUUGAAAAUUUAAUGCUGCUGAGAAAAAAUCAGCCAGGAGUGUUUUGUAUUGGAGUUUGUAUUGCAUCAAUCGUGCUAUGGCUUAUCGGUGGUGCAGUAAAUGGUGUUCUUCUAACUUACACCAUUUGUAUGAGCAUUUUAUUGGGACCUGCUUUGUUCCUAAGAAUACCAAAAAAGAUAUUUUCAUCUAAAGAAUGGGAAAGUGAAAUUGAUGAUUUUUUGCCGGUUGUUACGGAGGAUAACUUACAAGUUUUAAAUAGAGCGGGAGAGACCGGUGACCAUUCUCCAACGCCACCCAGUGGCGCAUCAUUCGAUCAACCAAUAGAUCCAUUUAAUGACGAUGAACUUCUUGGACUAAAAAUGCCAUCUCAUGAUGAUGGCAGCACUGAUGGACUUGAGCUUUCGGAGCUAGAGUUGAGUGGUGGUGAAACUGACGUAGAUGGAUUGAAAAUUCAAAGUAGACAUUUUGAAAGAAUUUCUUCAUCUGAGGAAGAUGAAGAAGAACUUGAACUUAAAUCCAAAGAUUUAUCUAGUGAUAGUGACGGGGAUAGUGACGAAAGCGAGUUUGAAGUUAUCGACAGUCAUGAAAUUAACAAUGAUAGUAAUCUAUAAAUUUAAAAGAAAAAAAAACAUUUAUACUACAGUAUGUAUAAAAAAUAAUUGUAUGUGUUGUACACAGAAAACAAUGACUGACGGUACUUUUAUCUUUUAAAUAUUUAACUUUAUUUUAUCAUUUUUUAAUAGUACAUAAUAUGUACCUUCCAUAAGUCAUAUGUGGGGUGUUGACUUUGGUAAUAUUUAUUAUGAAAAUAACAACAUGGUGCUGUAAAAUAUAAAUAAAAUAAAAAAAACAACAAAUCAAUUAGAUUUAUAAAAUAAAAGAAAAAACUAAAAAAAAAAAAAGUGUCGAAAGUAAUUUUACUGUUUUUAUUUUAUUUUUUUUCUUCUAUAUUUUUCUCAACAAUUCACUAAAAAUUCAUAUCACACUGUAUAUAUGUAUUAUAUAUAUACAUAAACAUACGUUAUCUUUUGAGCAGGACUUUAAGAGAAUCUAUGAAUUUUAUCUCUUUACCGAAAACUCUGUUCACUUAAAUAAAUUUAAACGCAGUUUUUUAAAUCAGCAAUAGAAACCAUGUACAUCAAAUAUCAUUUUACAACAUAUUUAAUAGAAUUAUUUUAUCUCAUUUGUAUUAUAUUUUAACGAUUCUUGUGAAUUUUAAUUUUUUAAAGCUUUAACACUGGAUACUUAGUAAGAGAUUGAUAAAAAGAAAAAAAAAUGUAUACUAAUAACUAGAUUACAGAGAGAAUUUACAGAAAUUGUAUGUAUUACUAAUAUUUAUUUAUUACUGUAAAAAUAAAGUAAGAUAGAUAUUAUGAGUGAGAUUGGCCUAUUCUCGAAAUUUAAAAAUCAUGUUAAUUUAACAACACAACAAUAAUAAUAAUAAAUAAGUGCUUAAUGUAAUAGAUUAACAGUGAUUCGUAUGCUUGAAAAUUAUAUUUCUACACUUUGUGUAAUUAUUAAAAUGAGAAUUUAAAAAAUAUGUAUAUACACGCAUGUGUGGGCGUGUUUAAUAAAAGUAUCAUCGGAUUGUACCCCUUUUUAAAAUUCAUUAAUGUAAAUUUUAAAAAAAAUGAAAAAACGAAAUAAAUUUUUAUCAUCUUA